ACAGCAACAUUAGCAACAUUCAUAAAGGCGGAUCGCUUCACGGAAAUGUACAGCGGCGAGAUAUUAACACCGACGUCGAAACCGCGUCGGCCGAAGAGAGCGAUCGACCCCCGUUUGCCAGAAAGUAACGCUGAAAAGGAAUCAAAACUAUAGAAUUAACAAAUAUAAUAAAUCGGGACAAAACAAUCCUUCAGAUUUUUAAACCACCGCCAUGCCCAACGGCUCGCGGGAAUCAAGGGGGAGACGUCUAGGAUACCCUGCAAAUUUGGAUGCCGGCUACAAGAAAAGAGCUUGGCUUUGAGAUGUCAAUGAAGAACAGUCAGCUUUGUGGGACAUUAACAGUAUGACUAAAUCAGUGCUUUGGGUACUGAUAUUCUUGCAUCUCCUUUUAUAUGUUUUAGGUCAGCUGGAGGCACCACAGGAUGUCAUUUUGCUUUCGGAAAACUUUAGAUAUAUUGUGACAUGGAAACCAGGAGCAGGGUCACCUCCAGACACACGAUACAAAGUUGAGGCUUGCGGGUUGGACAGUGCUAAAGGGAAAUUCACUCCAGUGAAAAAAUGCACCAAUAUUUCAACACUGUCAUGUGACCUAUCACAGAGGUUUAAGUCUUUUUCCAGCAUUUACUGGGUUCGGGUUAAAAGUGUCACCAACCAAUCUGAAUCCUCAUGGGUGGAAUCGAACGAGCUUCUGCCAAACCGUGACACCAUCUUGGGUCCCCCAAUUAUUAAUGUGAAGAGCAAUAUCCAAACCAUUGAAGUUACUCUUGACAUGCCUCUGACUCCACACAAGCAAAGACAUAAUAAUAAACUAAAGACUCUGAAGGAUAUUGAUCCACAUUUGAUUUACAUUGUUAUUUUAGUUGACAAAAAUGGCAAAGAAUAUACAAAUGGUAAAGUAAAACCUGAUAAAUUGGGGAAAGGAUAUUAUCUGUUUGAAAAUCUGAAAUCCAGCUUUACAUACUGUGUUGUAGCAAGAUUUGAGUCAUUACUGAACAUUUACAUGAAGGAUUCUAGAAAGAUUUGCAUAACUACCUCACCCAAAAGUACAGAUAUACUGUGGAUUGCUCCCUUGAUAGCAGCAACUGUUUUCAUUAUAGGUGUAAUUGGAACUGGUAUUAUGAUUUGGAUGCUGAAAGAAUUUAUCUGUCUACACUUGGUCCAGUCACAACUUCCCAAAUCUUUGGUCCUUCUUUCUCAGGAUUUACAUGUGAAUCUGCAGUGCCAAGAGCUUGAGGAAAAUCCAGAAAAUGAUCAUAUCUCAUUCAUUACACAGAAUGAUCACUCAAGUGAUUAUUGCAUGAAAAGUCAGAGAAUAGACAUUGCCACCUCAUUCAUUGAUGAUAUGGAUGAAAAUAUUUUUUACCAAAGUAAUGGAUUGAAGUGUGAAAAUUAUGAGUCUAACAGCCUACUGAAAGGAAAAGAUGGUUGCACAGACAGAGACAAUGUGGGGCUUCCUUCCUCAUUUCAAGCACCUACUGAAAGUAAGGAUUGUGCAAGCUACACCCAGAACUUCAGCCUUGGAGUCCCAGCAUCUCAUUUACAGUACCGACAGUUUUUAAGUGUAAAAAACACUGAAGAAGCAAGCAGCAAUGACAUUGCUGAACACAUUCCAGCACCAGAGACUGUACAUCACCAUUUUGAUAUGGUUCAGGAAAUUAAAAUGGAGACCACAGAAAUAGAGCUUUGGAACUGUGCCGAUGUCCCCUUAAGUUCAGUAAAACUUUCCAGCGAUGAUGACACAGAGAAAGAUCAUUUGGAAGUUGACUCAUGUGCAGGUGGAACAUCUGAUCAGCUGAGUGCUGAUGACUUGUGUUCCACAUUUACUUCUCAUUUGACAGCAGAUAUUAAUCCUCCUCCAACUGGCACCCAGGGAUAUCAAGCGCAAUCUAUAAAACUACCUCAAUCUGAAGAUGACUGUAAGUUUCAGAACCUGAUCCAAAACCCCUGCUCUCAUAUUUCUGAACUGAACUGGAUGCAAUUCUCUGAAUAUGAGGCACAAUGAAAAUUUAUAUGUGAUUUUGAUUAAUGUUCUAGCUAGCUACUCAGUUCAAGAACAAUUGGAGAUGGGCAAUAACAUGCUCACCUUCCCAGUCAUGGCUGGAUUCAGCCCCAUCAACGAAAACUGAAAAUUUUAAAAAAAAUCAGGAAGGUUGGUUAUAUUCCAUCUUCAAGGUUGUUGGAGAACAUCCUCCCCUUUUCUCUCGCUGUCUUUUUGCACUGUCAGUUGUGGAUCCCUCAGGAACAUUCUUGCGUCUGAGUCAGAAGGCUGUGAAUUCUAAUUCCACACCUAAGAUUCAAAUUUGAAAAUCUGAGUUUAUUCUCUCAUGCUGCAGUCUCAUUAACAAAUGUUAAACCAAAACCCUGUCUGUCCUCCGGUGACUAAUGAAGAAUGACACUGUUUCAAAGACAAGCAGGGGAAAAUUCCCAACAUCCACAUCCACUUUCAUGCUUCAUUCUAUAUUUUUGUUUGAACACCUGUUCAUGAACAGAUUAAGGGCUUACUUAUCCAUGAGAUGUGGAUCUUACCGACAAUUCUGGCAUUUAUUGUCCAAGCAUUAUGAACUAAACUGCCCAAGGCCUGAACAGUAGCGGUAGUUAAGAAUCAUCCCACACUGGUGGGUCUACAGUCACGUAUAGGCCAGAUCGGGUAAAGUUGAAAGGUUGUCUUCUGUCACAGACAUUAGAGAACCAGAUGAAUGUUAAUGACAAUCUUGUAGUUUCAUGGUUACCAUUACUGAGAUUAAAACUGAUUACUUGGUCAUUAUCCGA